AGGAGGUCAGGGUCCCGGUGCCAGCCUCGCUCCGGCCGGCGGGGGAGGGGCCGAGCCCGGGCCACACCGCAGCCUGAUUAUCACAUGACUCCACAGCGGCGGUAGCCGUGGCAGCAGCCGGCGCGGCUCCGCGGGGUGGCGGGGUGGGCUCGGGUCCGCGCGCGCCUCGGCGGAGCGCAGGGGCCGGGAAGGAAUCUGCUGCCGCCGCGGCCAGCCCGCUGCUCCGGGGCGCGCGGCGAGCCUCCCGCCGGGCCGCUCGCUCCAUGUCGCUCCCUUGCGGAAGUGUCGCGGGGGGAAGCGGCGGAGGCUCCGCGCGCUGGAGGCCGGGGCUCGGCCCCCUGCAGCAGCACUGAGCGCCCGGAGCCGCGCGCCCCAGCGGCCCCGCUGCCCGUGCGCUCCGCGCCCGCAGCAGCCUGCAUGCCCCGCGCCGCGCCGCGCCCGGCCGCCGCCGCCUGCUCGCACCGCCGCUGCCGGGCGCCGGAGUAAUAUGCUCACUCGAGUGAAAUCCGCCGUGGCCAAUUUCAUGGGCGGCAUCAUGGCUGGCAGCUCGGGCUCCGAGCACGGCGGCGGCGGCUGCGGAGGCUCGGACCUGCCCCUGCGCUUCCCCUACGGGCGGCCGGAGUUCCUCGGGCUGUCUCAGGACGAGGUGGAGUGCAGCGCGGACCACAUCGCACGCCCCAUCCUCAUCCUCAAGGAGACUCGGCGGCUGCCCUGGGCCACCGGCUACGCAGAGGUUAUCAAUGCUGGGAAGAGCACACACAAUGAAGAUCAGGCCAGCUGUGAGGUGCUCAGUGUGAAGAAGAAAGCUGGGGCCAUUACUUCAACCCCAAACAGGAACUCCAAGAGACGGUCCUCCCUUCCCAAUGGGGAAGGGCUGCAGCUAAAGGAGAAUGCGGAAUCCGAGGGGGUCGCCUGCCAUUACUGGUCGCUGUUUGAUGGUCAUGCGGGGUCCGGGGCUGCCGUGGUGGCCUCGCGCCUGCUGCAGCACCACGUCACGGAGCAGCUGCAGGACAUCGUGGAGAUCCUGAAGAACUCCGCCGUCCUGCCGCCCACCUGCCUGGGCGAGGAGCCGGAGAACACGCCCGCCAACAGCCGGACACUGACCCGCGCAGCCUCCCUGCGCGGCGGGGUGGGCGCCCCGGGCUCGCCCAGCACCCCACCCACGCGCUUCUUCACCGAGAAGAAGAUCCCGCAUGAGGGCCUGGUCAUCGGGGCCCUGGAGAGCGCCUUCAAGGAGAUGGACCUACAAAUAGAACGAGAGAGGAGUUCGUAUAAUAUAUCUGGCGGCUGCACAGCCCUCAUUGUGGUUUGCCUUUUGGGGAAGCUGUAUGUGGCAAAUGCUGGGGACAGCAGGGCCAUCAUCAUCAGAAAUGGAGAAAUCAUUCCCAUGUCUUCAGAAUUCACGCCUGAGACUGAGCGCCAGAGACUUCAGUACCUGGCAUUCAUGCAGCCUCACUUGCUAGGAAAUGAAUUCACACAUUUGGAGUUUCCAAGGAGAGUACAGAGAAAGGAACUUGGAAAGAAGAUGCUGUACAGGGACUUCAAUAUGACAGGCUGUGCGCUCUGCCAGGAGGGAAGAGAGAAUCCAGGAAGAAAGAUCCCCAGGGAGGAGCAGCAUCCAAGGCAAUGUGGAGAGGUACCAGGAAUGCCUCACCUGCUGAGACAGAAGUCUCCAUCCUCACAGCCCAAAGAGUUCGGGGAAGCAGUGGAGAAAAGAAAUAGAAAGGAAAGUAAGAUGUUUUAACUGUUGGGUGGUGGUAGCUACUAUGGAGAAAAGUAAAGCCGAAGGGGACUAGGAAAGUUGGGGGAAGGGGGCAAUUUUAAAGAAAAGCGUUCAAUUAUUUGGCUUUAUGGCAUGAUGGGAAACCAUUGCGGGCUUGCUUAAGGUAAUGACAUGAUCUGACACUUUAAAGUAAUUAUUCUUGUUGCUCUGAGCACAAAUCUGGGAAGUUUUCAACGCCCUUGCUGCCAUCACCCUAGUGAUCCCACCCCAGUACUGUUGUCCUUGCCUGAAUUACCACACAGAGGCCGUGGGAGCCAGCGGUGAUUGUGUAGGAAGGGACGAUGUGCCAGGUCUCUGACCACCUGUAGCAGUGAAAACUUGACGAUUGUGAAUUUGUGGAAAUAAUAUUUGAUGUAAUGUUAGUAGACAAAAUACAGUAUCACUGCAAAAUCAAGAGGAUGAAGAGCUCUAGGACACUAGCAAGAAAAAUAGCGUAAGAGUUAGGACAAGCGGAGCCUGGAUCAAGAAGAAGUGUGGCCAGAAGGUAGUUACCACAGCAGAACCAAGGAAAGGAACUGUCCUGAGUGUAAGAGGGGGAAGAUGGUUCAGAAUUUGGAUCUCCAAUGUUCAGUGUUCUUGGUAAAGGCCACUACUUGAGCAGGUUACCAAUGAGGAAAAGAAAAAGGCAUCAGGAAGUGGCUAGGAGUUAUAGAGCCAGGAUUCCCGAAGCAGCCUCAAAAUCUGUAUAACUGAUGAAACUAGAGAAAAAAGGUACGCUGAGCCAGGGCGGAAGUCAACAGGAAGGGCCUGAGAGGCUGGGCUGUGCGGGCAGAUCGGAGGGUCUGGUUUGCGGCCCUGAGCGACUCUCAUCCCUCAUGGGGUUAAAGGCAAACACUGUCUACCUCCCUCCCUUAGUCCCUUAAGACUAAGAGGAGUUUGAAGGAACAGCUUCCACUGGAGGUGGCGGAAUCUAAGGAGCCAUCUCAUGUACACUAUUGACUCAGGUCAGCUAGUACUAUUUCCUUUUUGGAAAGAAAUAUUUCGUUUUUGGCUGAGCAGAGACAUAGUGUACAUGGAUAUAUUUUGAUUUUGUAAGAAAUCUGAUAGUUUCUUCUCUUAAGCCUUUUGGACAUGAUAGAAAAACACUGAGUGGAUAAUGGGUCCAUUAAAUUGUUUCCUGGAUAACCUGAGAGCUAACCCUCAACAGUCAAAAUUGAUGAGAACAGUUUCUAUGUAGAUCCGUGGGUUUUUUUUAGCUUAUUAAACCCUUAAGUACAUCCACUUAAUUGAUUCAGUAUUAAUUUCAGUGUCUAUCCUCCAUUGUUGAUCCUAUCUCCACUGCUUUUCCAUGGGGCAAGAUUCUACUAAGCUUUUUCUUAUAUAUUGUUUAUAUUAAAAAAGGAAACUAAUAGAGUUCUCAUGUCCAUGAGACAGAUUUAUAAUGUCAAAUAUGAUUUUUUAAAUCAUACUCACUUUCCUCCAAGAGAUACUAAUACACCCAUUUUUAAAGUAACUUAGCCUACAAGAAAGUCUCUAAUGGCUUGGUUCCACUGAACAUUUUUUUCCAACAAUCUGGAUAAGAAGAACAGAACUGCUUACCAAAUUUUAUAUUACAUAGCAUAGGAAAGCUGAUAUUUUGGAUGAAAGUAUCCAAACUCACAAACCUCUCAGAGGACUCGAACAAUGAACUGAUAUUAAUAAUAUAAAAAUCAAUAAAGGCAAUGAAGUCCUCAAUUCUCAGUAAAAUAAAUAUCCAUUGUGUCAGUAUAGACGAUAAGACACUGACCCAAAACAAAACAAAAACCUCUUCAGGUCUUUUUUCUUGUGAACUGGGAUAUUUGUGUGUGUGUGAUUUUGUUUUGUUUUCUCUGUCUCUCUGUCUCUCUGUCUCUGUGUCUGUCUGUCUGUCUGUCUCUCUCUCUCUCUCUCACACACACACACACACACACAAUUUCUUUUAAAGAGGUAAGAUCCAAAUCAAAAGAAGUAGUAAUUUCAUUCUUGUUUCAACUACACCUUAAGUAUUUUCAGUGUUGACUAUCAUUCUUUGAGGAUACAGUAUUUGGUGCUUGAUUAAUCACCAUUUAUUGAAUGACUGGUGACUUGAAUGGUGGAGGAGGGUCCCCCAGCUCCUGAGAAAAACUAGGGUAGAAGAAAGUUUGAAAUAGCUCCUCUGUAUAUUUGCAGAGCACUCAUACAGAAGUGACACUGGGUUUAUUUCAUCCCCACAAGGCAGACCAAAUAUAACAGUGAGUUUGAGUCAGUUUAAGAAAGAUUUCCCGGGGCUGGAGGUUUAGGUCAGCAGCAUAAGCGCCUGCCUUGGAAGCAGGCAGUUGUGAGUUUGAUCCCUGGUACCGAUAAAAAGGAAAAAGACCAAAAAAGAAAGAAAGAAAGAUUUCCCAGUUCUGCUCUCCAGUUGUUUGGGCUGACAUUGGGUAGGAACAAUGGCUCUCUACAGCAGACUGUUUUAGAGAGGCCUGGAACCCGCAGGAGAGGUGUUGUAGCAGCUGCAGAGGUGAUUUCAUGGCUUUUCAGUCUUAUCCAGUGCUGAACUUCUCUCCCCACAUUGUGCUCAGAACAAUAGCAGCUCAUUUUUUUAGCUGCAAAAUUAUCAACAUUCCAAAAGAAACUUUACUUGAAAAGAAAUUAAUGGAAACUUAUGAGAAUAAUGCUUCUGAGUUAGGGAAAACCAAGAAUUUAGCAACCCUUUUUAAGCCUUGCAUUUUUCUCAUCUGAUCCUUUGGUCAAUUGGCCUCAUAAAUAUUCAUAAAGGAAUUGACCCAGAAUAAGAGUAUUCUAAAAAAAUUUUCCUAAGCCUUUUAGUUUUGCUGUCUUAUAAUAAGUAAUUAUUGGUGUAUGAUCUCUAGUCAGCUAUAUUAUUGUAAAACCAAAGAGUGAUCUGUUUUUUGGAGGGUUUUUUCCCCCCUUUCUUAAAUCAGUAUUUGAAAAACCUUGGGAACUGGCGUAAGGAACUGGUUCAAUGCCAGACAUUCUCCGUUCAUCUCAGAUCCAAAGUCCCUCCUUGUCCUGAGCUCUCGAGCUUCAGACCUCUCUCUGAUGCACUCACCUCCCUGCCAGGAGAAGGAUGAACGCCAGGGACGAGCUGCAGCACAGUCAGGCUGAUAGCCUACACAUGGCCCUCAAGAGAAUGACAGGCAGGCCUGCCAAGUGGGCAGGGGCCAAGUGGGGUGGCGCCUUCAGCGCACAGCAGAGCUCAGGGAGCUGCGUUCUCUGUGGGACACCACUAGGCUGUAUCCUCCAGGGUGAGAUAGCCUGAGAAGCAGCUGCAGGUCUCAGAGCAUGUGCCAUCACUUCUGCUUACUUCUCUCCCUUCUGCCCUCUAGAUACUACAGCACAGCAGCCACCAGCUCUGUCCCCACAUGAUCACUUUUUGUGCUUUGCCUUUUGUGCAGAAAAUUCUCCUUAUUUGCCAGAAGUCCUCUUUUUUGCUAUCAAGUGUGUGCUGGCCACACAUUGAAUGGUAGACUGUAGUGAUCUUGUCUCAGACUCUGCCAAAUGAGAUGUCCAAAGCUGAAUGCUGGUGGUGCAUUUCUUUGAUGUGUUUUCUGAGGAAGCCUGAGUCUGAUUUUAGGGCCAUUAACUUGGUAUAACAUCUUGAGAACAUAAAUGAAUCUGUCUGAGCCUCAGUUCCCUUAUCUGUAAGUUAGGACAUUGCAGGGUCUCCCAAGAGAUUGUAAAUAUGAGAAAUAAGUACCAAGCUCAGUGUCCAAUAUGUGGAUGAUGCUUAAUAAAUCAUAGCUGCUAUAAUUAUUUUAACUCUUAUUAAUUUACACAGUCUCAUCAGAUUUAUAGUUUUAACUGUUGAGAUGUUUUGUUGUUGGUUGGCUGGUUGGUGCUGGGGAUGGAACCCAAAGCCCCACUCAUGCUAAGUGCAUGCUCUGUCACUGAGCUGUACCCCCAGCCCAAAUAUUAAUGCUUUAUUACUUAAGAUUUUCUCACUGAAUGGAAGUCUACUUUUAUGGGUUUUGCUUUCUCUCCUUAUUUGUAGCUAUUGUCCUUGUCAUUUGUUGCUAGAGGAGAAAGGAGGGUUCAUAUUUGAUUGAAAACCAACACUGGAGGGCCAGGGAUAUAGCUCAGUAGCAUAAGCACCUGCCUGGCAAGUGAAAGGUCCCGAGUUUGAUUCCGAGAACCAGAAAAAAAAAAUGAAAAAUAACAACAACCAAACAAAAAAACCAACACUGGCAGGAAUAGAAGAAACCUUUCUUUUCCAAGAUUAUCAUUAGUGUUUUGAAUUGUUUGUUGUUCCUGAAGAUAAAGAAAUGGAAACUAAAAUAUAUUAAAAUCUGUGGUUGUCUUGGUCCCAUAGAUGACAACUCCAAAACAAGUGUUUAUUUUUCAGAGCUGUGGUAACAUGGAUUUUAUGCUCCCCAAAACCUCUGCCCCCGGAGAAUUCAAUGACGUAGGCUUGUGGCCAAGUUACAGAAUGGUUUUCUCACUGCCUUUUACAAGCCACUUAAGAAUGCUCUUAGCCCGUCUCUAUUUUGCUCUAAGUAAUGACCUGUGCUUUAUUCUGGAGCUGCCGCCUUCUGCAUCCUGUCUAGUUCCAGAGCCCUGUGGCUGAAUGGCAAGGCCAGCCCUUCCCUGGCUGUGGUCCUCACACUCCCUGCCCUUCCUGGGCCUCUCUUCUCCCACACCUCCCCCUACCUAAGUGUUGCUCGUGGUCAUUUCAAGCCCUUUCAGGCCGUUACCUCCACUCCUUGGAGGCUGCAGACGGUCUUCUUAUGAGUCAGGCUGAUGAGGGGCUUAUUGCCUAACACAUCUUGAAUGUUAGCUUGCUGGAUCUGCAACAGAUAUCUCAACCUUGGCUGCACAUCAGAUCCCUUGGGAAGCUUUAAAAACUGAAGCCUGAGACUCAUCCCUAGAGAUUGUGCUUCAGUUGCUCUGAGAUGUGCUGUGGUCAUAAGAAGGGUUUAAAGCCCUUCCAGGAGGUACAACAGCCAAGGUUGGGACCCUCUGGUCUCUAAACUUGGUCAGUCCCCAAGCUGUGAAUAGAUUCUAAUAAUAGCUCUGUUCCAAGUGACUUGUGGAUCCCAGUAUUUUAAAUAGCUCAUGUGAGUCUGUAGAACACCCAAAUGGCUUUAUCCACUUUGAGUUAAUGUGGCAGAUUUGACGGAAAGAAAUAAUACAGUUCCUUUUUUGAAAAUUCAAUUCCUAGAUAACCUUCACUGGAGUAGCAGCAACAACUAACCUUCACUGAAAUUAUAGCAUGUGCAGAGAACUUACUGGCAACCCCAGGAGUGAGUCUCAGUUGGGGCCUUUUUUGAUUAAUGAGGAUCCUGAGGUCCACAAUGCCCACGCAGUUGGCCAGAACUAAACUUGAGCCCACAUGCAGUAGAUGCCAAAUCUUUACUGAUUAUCUAUCCUCUGGGAAGGAACAACUUAGUCACAUAGCUUCGGAGACAGUGUGGAUAUACUUGCUUUGCAUUUGGGCUUGCACACUUUUUAAAUUGUGUUGCAGUCUUUCCUAUAUCAAAAACUUCCAUAAAUUUAAUUUACAAUUCCCUCUCAAAUUGCCUAAGUGUAUACAGGACUGAGAUGCCAUGUAAUAGGUUUUCCGCGCACGCAGGAAACUUGUAGAAAAACAUCAACUUCUACCACCUAAUCUAGCUCACCUUCUACUUUGUCUUCUUUGAGUAAAAGAAUCUUGAGGUCUAGAGAGAACAUCCAUGUCAGGUAACGAAUAAGUGGUGACAUCCCCAUUUUGCAGAAAGGGGAACUCUUGUGCCAGGUAUUCAUGAUCUAAUAACUACUAGUAACAGCUGUUACUAAUUGGGAUCUUAAUAAAGACAGACUCUGUAUUAAGCUGUUUUUUAUCCUGUGUAUAAUUCUCAUUUUAUGGAUGAGGAAACCAAAAAUGAAAAAGGCAAAGCUACUUGCCUAGGGUGAUAAGCUAAUAACUGAACCCAGUGUAUGUUUGUUUUCCUGUUUGUUUUUAACUCCUUAUAAGCAAAACUGCAAGGCACAGGCUUCAUUUGCUGGUUGUGGCAUCUGAAUGACCAUGUCUGGAAUAAACCUUUGAAGCAUAACUGGAUUUUCUUCCUAUGUGCUGAAUGGCUGUCUAAAAGCUAAUGUGAAACAAAAUCUUUUAUGUCAACUUAAAAUAUCAUCCUGAGGUCAAACAGCUUCUAACCGUGCCUUCUGCAAGUAUCUCAGUAGAAGGACGUCCUGGCAGGAACAGCCCCAAAGGUGAGAACUGGCUCCUGCAGCAGUUUCACACUGCAUCCGCCUGGGGCCUCUGCUGCUUCUCACUUCUGUUUGCCAUAGGGCCAAGUCACUGUGGUUAGGUCACCUCAUUACACAGACCCUUAGUACAGGAGUCCAUCUCCCUUUAUCUCUAAUUAUGAACAUGCCAAUUUAUUUUCUUUCUCUUCAAGCAUACAAAGAUGGUAUUCUCUACUUUACUAAAACACACACACACACACGGGAGAACAACUAUCUAAGGAUAUGUGUGUGGCAAGUGAAUGGAAAAAAUGAAGUGCCUAGCAGCCUGUGUCAGGGCCAGAGGGUCACUAACUGAGUGCAAACAUUCUUUUAAAAUGUUGUUUAUCCCC